GCUCCAAGAUGGCGGCUUCCAGUGCUCUGCAUCAUACAUCAUCGCAUUUGAAAGCUAAAUAUUACUAUCUCCCGGUCGCCUGAACUCACGAGGAGGCAGACCAGAAGAAGCCGAUCGAGGCUGAGCUGCAGCCAGUGAAACGCGGAAACGGUUUCCCCAUGCUUUGUUCGCGAGAGGAGCCGGUUUCGGUGUCGGACUAAAGGGGGUUGUGUUCUCCGAGUAUGGCCACCGAGAACAGGAUCAAUUUUUGGAGGAGAAACGCAAAGGUUCCCGGAAGUGUACAGCCAGUUUAUGGAGCACAGCAUCCACCUCUCGACCCACGAUUGCGACGCACGUAUCCCAAAGACAUAAAACCCAAGUUCAACAAUCUCAAGUCUAAAAAGGCCUCUAGCUUCCAUGAGUUUGCCCGCAGCACCAACGAUGCAUGGGACAUUGACGAUGAGGAGGACGAGGAUUUUCUCGGGACCCACGCUCCAAUUUCAUCCUUGCCAUCAGGCCUGCACUCCACAUCCAUGCAGAACCAGCAGCAGCAGAACCAGGCAGGUGUCACAGAAACUGAGGUGUCACACAGGCUGCCAGCUCCCAGGACAGAAGCUCAAAACCUCCAGGAUGCGCAGGAGGAGGACACGGACUGCGAGCACGUCAACGGCAAGGUUGUCAAGUCCAGUAGUGACGCCCACCUUAACGCGUCCUCAGUUCGCUCCACGCUACAGAAGCAGCACACUCUCCCAGUUCGUCCCAUCAUCCCACUUGUGGCUCGCAUCUCAGACCAGAACGCAUCGGGGGCACCACCCAUGACAGUGCGGGAAAAGAGCCGGCUGGACAAAUUCAAACAGCUGCUGGCUAAUCCCAACACUGACCUGGAGGAGCUCCGGAAACACAGCUGGUCGGGCAUACCAAGAGAAGUCCGGCCAAUCACAUGGAGACUUCUCUCUGGCUACCUGCCGGCCAACAAGGAGCGCAGAGAGCUGGUGCUAAAAAGGAAGCGAGAAGAAUACUUUGGCUUCAUAGAGCAGUAUUACCAUUCCAGAACAGACGAGCACUAUAAAGACACAUACAGACAGAUCCACAUCGACAUUCCAAGAACCAACCCUCUGAUUCCUUUGUUCCAGCAGCCUGUAGUACAAGAGGUGUUUGAGCGUAUUCUAUUUAUCUGGGCCAUCCGUCACCCAGCCAGUGGUUACGUCCAGGGAAUCAACGAUCUGGUCACACCCUUCUUUGUCGUCUUCCUGUCUGAGUUUGUCACGGAGGAUGUUGAGAACUUUGAUGUGGCAGCGCUGCCUUUGGAUACCCAGAGAAACAUCGAAGCUGACAGCUUCUGGUGCAUGAGCAAGCUGCUGGAUGGAAUACAGGACAACUACACCUUUGCUCAGCCUGGAAUCCAAAACAAAGUGAAAGCUUUAGAGGAGCUGGUCAGCAGGAUAGAUGAGGACAUUCACAAUCAUUUCAAGAAAUAUGAGGUGGAGUACCUGCAGUUUGCUUUCCGGUGGAUGAACAAUCUGCUAAUGAGGGAGCUGCCACUUCGUUGCACUAUCCGUCUCUGGGACACCUAUCAGGCUGAAGCAGAGGGUUUCUCCCACUUCCACCUCUACGUCUGUGCUGCUUUCCUCAUUGAGUGGCGCAAAGAAAUCCUCUCCAUGGUUGAUUUUCAGGGCCUUCUUAUGCUACUCCAGAACUUACCUACAAUCCACUGGGGUAACGAGGAAGUGGGUCUCCUCCUGGCUGAAGCUUACAGACUAAAGUACAUGUUCGCAGACGCACCCAGCCACUACAAGAGAUAGACCCGAGGCUGAGUGCCUUUACCCGACUGUGAUUGGAUGGACCCACAGCAUCUCAAUAUGCUUCAGACUGCAAGUAAGGUAACCCGGAGAAGACAUAUUCAAGCACAGCUCCAGGACACCUGCAGGAUGUUAGCUCAGAGCCACAAAUCGUAAUCCUGUGAAAGUGAAGUCCAGUGAAUGUCACAUUGGAUUUGGGUUUAUGGUGUACCUGUAAAGCGCAGUGAAUAUGAGACUAUUUGCAGUCAACGUACUGCACUGUAUCAAAGGACUGUUACAGUAAAAAAAAAACAUUGCUAUGCCAUCUUGGUUUACUUUUAUUGUUUUUGGGCAUACACCAUUGAUUGGUGCAGUGAAAUGUAAACUCAGAAGAACUUGCUGUAUUAUAAAGGAAUGAUGAAUGUUUGUGAAAUCAUCCUUUUAGGCAAAGAUAAUAUCUACAGUUUUUUUUUCAGAUUUGUUUUAGUAGUUGUUUUACAAGGAGAAAAUAUCAGGCAAUACUUUGUCAUUUUCUCUUUUAAAAUGUAUUUAGUCCGACACUGUCAAGCUGUGGGUUACCAAAUCUGCACUGUACAAUCAACUUAUAAAAGUCCUUAGUUUGGACUUGAAUCAGCCAGUUUAAUUGGCAUUGACCCAAGAGUAGCAGAUAGUACAAAUAGUGGAUUCUGUGUUUUAUUUCAGGCUGUUUAGGUUAAAUGUAGAGGAGCUGAUUUUGUGUAGCCAUUGCAAUGAGACUCUUGGGUAUAGCUCAUAUAUAUCAACAGAGGUAAAAUGUGAAGAUUACUGCCUCAGAUCAGGCAAAAAUGGACACCUUCUGGUUAAUGUAGCUUUUAAAUUCACCUGUUUUAUUUUAAUUAGAUUGUGGUGCAUAUUAAAGCUGCAGUAGGUAAUUUUUAUAAAGAAUAACUUUUUGUCAUAUUUCCUAAUGGUAUUUGCAAGAAUCCACUGGCCCUGAACGAAAACCACUAGGAGGAGCCAGAUUUCUUCACAUAUUAUCUGUCUCGUGUACUACUGUCAGGAUAUAGUGAAAGUUUCAGCGAAUAUGACAAAAACUUAUUUUAUAAAAGUUACUAUUGUAGCUUUAACACUCUUAUGGCAGACGGUGAUUAAGCGAUGUCUCCUCAAGACGCCCCUGGGUUUGAAUCCUGGUUGGGACAGCCCUGCGUGGUCUCCUCUGGGUGCUCUGGUUUCCCACUCCAUCAGAAACCUGUGUUGUUCAGUUCUCCUGUCAGUAACCUUGACUAAGACACUGGCUUAUAACUGACAGCGUACAGUGGCUGCCCACUGCUCCUAGAAAGGGUGAAAUGCAGAGAGCGAACUUUCCUACGGGGGAUCAGUAAAGGGAUAAUUUCACUAUAACUGGCAUAAAAAAUGAGAUCAGUAACAACUGGUCUGUUUUGGCCUGAGUGUGUUGAUUUUACCAAACUUUGUUUAUUAUGCAUAACUAUGAGAGUAGGAUCUUAUAAAUUAUGUUAUAAUAAUGUAUGAAUUAGAUACCUGUGGUCACUGUAAAAACUGCAUAUGCAUAAAAAAUAGUUGAAUUGUUUGAUUCCUCAGUUUAGAAUAAUUUUAAUAUUUGUUGAUGAGCUUGAAGAUAUUUUUCAAAUGAAAAUUUCCGUGCUUGCCGGUACUGAAGGACGUUUAAUCACACCAUCCUACUUGAGACAGUCCUGUGGACACAGUGCAGCUCACAAUGUAUGACAAUGCCUUUGCAUUUGUAAUGUACUCCUGUCUUUUAAAGUGUAUAUGGAUAAAUGCUUUGUUAUCAUUAUUGCUUGUGUUUUGUAUUUGUCUAAGGUUCAGGUUAGGGUUAUUAUUCUGUCUGUGACUUUUUCCAGUCAGUGACCUGAUCCAAGAAACAUUUGUAACUGCAUUGUUUUUUGUUUUAUUGGGUGGGGUGUGAAUAUGUGUGUUACUACUCAUCUACCUUCAUUACCAGUGCUAAUUAUAACACAGUGUAUGUUUGAAAGAUAUGACAAUCAUGAGCCUUUGGUACUUUGGUUUCCCUAUUAGAUGAAUUGAACCAAACACUAGCAGAAUUUAAAAUCCGGAUUUAAUGCAACCUAGAUUCUUGGCUAUUACCCUGGUUAACUAUCUUCCAUGGUUAGAAUAAGUCUUAAUAUUAUCAUCAUCCAGGAAUUAUAUAUAAAUAUAAUGUCAUGAAGGUCCUCUAUGGCAUUAUAUUAAUUGGAGUAAAUCUUAGAUAUUAUGGUAUGUAAAUUGAGACUGUGAAAUAGAUCAUUAUAAUUUUUGGAAACAUCUAAAACUGUUAUAUACCUUUUUAAUGGUUUCUUCAUUUUCAGUUAAGCAGCAUAUAAUCUCCUUUAAACCCAUCUGAAACAUUUUGAAUGUGUUUGUGAGUGUAACAGUAUGCCUCUAGCCUUAAAGUAGGUCUUCUUCAUUCAGGUGCGCCAACUGAUUGUGUCACUACUGAAAUGCUAUUGUUCACUCCAUGCUGUUUUUAUCUGAAGGUCGUAUGUCCUCAAAAUGUGAUAUUAGUAUCUAAAGGCUGACAAAGUGAAAACUUGUUGAUUUUUUUCAAAAGUGUUCAUGCUGUUUCAACAAUAAUAUGCCAAAUUUAUUGGGCCAAUAUAAUCUGUUUUAGAGUGCUUUAGUAGUCAGUGCUGGCUUCAGCCUAAAAUUAAGAAUACUUAAAUUAUUACAGUACCUGCUGUAUAUUAACUUUUUGUUUAUAUUAAACGAUUGUUAUUCUUUA